AUGACCAAAAAAAUGGAGAAUAUGGACGCCUCGGAUGGCCAUGACAGUGUCCCAUCUGCCAAGAAGAGUGGACAAACCUCGCUGCUGGACAGUGGGGAAGACUUUGAGGUUUUAGAUGAAGAAGACAUUGACGACGAACCUCCCCCUCUAGAAGAUGCAGGUGGUGGGAAGGAAAAAAAAGACACGGAUACAAAAACAGCCGAUGAAGAACCAGACCCAUCCGAUCCAGUGGAUGAAUGGCUAGAUGUCUUAGGUAAUAACCUCCUGAAGAAAAAAGUCUUGGAUGCUGGAAAGGGGCGAGACAGUCGACCUCAGAAAGGACAAAAUGUGAAGAUUAAUCUGAAAACACAUCUGAUGGAUGGGACUCUCGUUGAGGAUCAGCAGAGUUUGGCCUUCACUUUGGGAGACGGUGAUGUUAUUCAGGCCCUGGAUCUGACCGUGCAGCUCAUGGAAACGGGAGAAAAGGCUCUCGUCCAGACUGAUGCUAAAUACGCGUAUGGUGCCAGGGGAAGUCUUGAUCCUGGCGUGCCUCCAGGUGCUGAUCUGUCUUUAGAAGUGGAACUUCUGGAGGCCGCUGAGGGUCCCGACCUGGAGCUCCUCCCCCCCCGCGGAGAGGAUCGCCCUGGCCAGCCACAAGAGGGAGAGGGGAAACGCGCACUACCAGAGGGGAGACUUUUCGUUUGCAGUCAACUCCUACAGCAUCGCCCUGCAGAUAACCGAGUCCAGCUCCAAAGUUUAGUCGUUACGAUCCACGCUGAGCUCUCUAAGCUGGUGAAGAAGAACUCGGAGCAAAGGGGAGCGGAGCAGGCCAUGUAUAAGAAGAUGCUGGGCAACCCCAGCAGUAGCGGCGGCGGCGUGCAGCGUUCAGGAGCCAAGUCUUCAUGGGGCCUCAGCUGGAAGUGGCUUUUCGGUGCCACGGCGGUGGCCAUCGGAGGUGUAGCUUUAUCUGUCGUCAUAGCUGCCAGAAACUGA